AUGGAAAGCGGCGAGUUGCCUGAAGUCUGCUACCCUCAAGCAAACAACUCAUGCCGGGCACCCAAGCAGCCACCUGGCCAGGCAAUGUUGAUCUACGUACUGCUGUCCUCUAUCUCAAUCAUCACGGUGGUUCUCAACCUGCUCGUCAUAUUCUCCAUCACCUACUUCAGACAGCUUCACACACCCACCAACCUCUUGCUGCUCUCUUUGUCUGUCUCUGACCUCCUGGUGGGUGUCUUGCUCAUGCCCGUGGAGAUCAUCUACAUCGAGGCGUGCUGGCUCCUGGGCGACGUGGCGUGCACGCUGUACUACGUGAUUGACUACAUCAUCACGUCUGCUUCGGUGGCCAACAUGGUACUCAUCUCUGCGGACCGUUACAUGGCAAUCUGCAGGCCGCUCUCCUACUUGUGCUACAUCACUAAUAGGACCAUGCAUGUUGGCGUGAGCCUCUGCUGGCUCUGCUCCAUCGCCUACCGGCUGUUGCUACUCCACGACCACCUGAGAAAGCCGGGAAGAUCCAACUCCUGCCUGGGGGAAUGUGUGGUCGUCAUCAGCAAAGUGGCUGGCACAGUCGACCUGGUGUUCACCUUCGCUUUGCCCAUUCUCGUCAUCCUCGUGCUCUACGUGCAGGUGUUAGUCGUCGCCUUCCACCACGCUCGCGGAAUACGCUCCCAGGUGGGUGCCAUCCAGGCGCCGCGCAUGGUAAAGAAGAGUGAGUUAAAGGCAGCCAGGACUCUAGCUAUCGUGGUGGCAGUCUUCCUGCUUUGUUUCUGUCCAUAUUACUCGCCCACUAUAACAGGCAAGGAUACCUUAGUGGAUGCCACAACGGUUGCCUUCGAGAUCUGGCUAACCCACUUUAACUCCUGUCUGAACCCAAUCAUUUAUGCACUCUUCUAUCCUUGGUUCCGCAAGUGCAUCAAACUCAUUCUCACCCUUCAGAUUUUUAAGCCUGGCUGCAGGGACGUCAGCAUCUUCUCGAAUGUUUAA